UAACACAUAUACACAGAUACACAUAUACUCAUAUACACGCACGUAUACCUACCUACCUACAUUCCUACCUACAAUCCUACACACAUACAUUUUGUCCGUGAAUAAUUACCGAAGACCGUAACUCCGGCCUCGUGUCUGAUUGGAUUCUGCAUGUGCAUGACCUAUGCCAUGCUUUAAAGAACAUUAAUGAACUAUGGAGCAUGGACCACAUUUCAGUUAUCUUUCCCUCUUCCUUCUUCCCCACUUCUCCUUCUUUUAUAUAUAGAUAUACAUAAUAUCUACUUGGAAACACAACGCCAUUAUACGUCGAUGUCGAAUAUACUCUUUUGCUAUUUAUGUAUUCAUAUCUACCCGUGUUUACGAAAGGAUUAAUAAGUUGUUGAAACUCAUCGAUGGAUAUACUGGAAUGGUUUAAUAAAAGCUGGCCGCUGUUUCUCGUCUCUACAAUAUUCGUGCUCAUCGUGAUGGCUGUAUGUAUUGCCUGGUGUAUAUGGAAAUACAAAUCGAAGUACCAGAGACGCAAAGAUGGAUAUUCGUCAAUAGACGACCAAGUACCGCUCCCUGAAAAGUUGUUGAUAGACCAACAGAAACAAGAAAAAUCUAUAAAAGAACGUACUUUAAUGGCCUGCCAAUACUAUCUUCGCAAUGUGAACCAUUAUAGUGAUGUCCAACAGCUUGAUGAUAUAGGUCGACGCGAGGAAAAAUAUUGGUUCUUAGUCCACGAUAGUUUGCUUGGGCGCAAAACACUGCUGUCAGCGAUAAGGUAUGACCCAAAGAUGUCACUACCGUUUUCUCAGGAAAGCCAAGCCGAUUUGCGGAUAUUUGAUCAAUAUAUAAAGCAUCCAUACAUCAUGCCAUUCAUCCAUAUCGAAUUUCUUCUAGAAGAUGAUGCUAUAGUUGUAUCGCGUCCUUUUAGCCCAUCGGGAUCUCUUAAAGACGAAAUAUACCAGGCUCGCUGCUUAGACGACCAUCGGGAUAAAUAUAACCACAAUGGACAACCAUUGCCCCUGGGACAGAUACAGACGUACUCCAGUCAAAUACUCAAGGCAUUACUUCACAUGCAAGCGAAGAAACUCCCGGUGUUUAGUCAUUUACAUUCAGGAAAUGUGAUCCUAUUUAAUGGCACUUGCAGGUUAACUGAUACUGAAAAUAUAUUCUUUCAAAAACAUUAUCUCCUGUCGCCGCUUUUUCGAAGGAAACUAACAGAUACACCAGAUAAUUCAUUGUCAGUUUUAAUGUUUGGUCAUCUUCUGUUCGAGAUGUCCACAGGUAUGGAACUGGAAGACACCUACCCCAGAGUCGAUGAAAUGACAUGUUGCGUAUACCCAGCAGUAUCAAACGUGCUGGAUUUCAUUUUUGACAACAAAUCUACUCAGCUCCCGACAUUAGAAGAACUGUCCAAUCUAUCUUUCUUCAGAGAAGUUCCACAUCCGGCUUUAAAAGGCUACAGACCUUCUCGAGAACCAUUGCCGCAGAAUCUCAAAGAACAUCUCCGAAUUUUGCGCAAAGGGGUUUCACAAAAAUCGUCCAUUGGGAGGAAAACAAAACGAAAACGUUCAUCACUCACGAAUAUGGAUUUGUUCAUGAAAACUACGCAAUUCCAAACUACUCAGGCAGAAGCCGAAGAACUAUUUACACCUGUGUCACCUUUACCACCACCUCCUAAAACUCCACCUCCAAUAGAAGUUGUACAUAAGCCUCCUCUAGCCACUCCACCACCACCACCACCACCACCACUACUGCCGCCGCUGUCACCCUUACGACCGUUAUUGCCAUCGAAGUCUUUGUCGUCUGAAGCAGGACCUCACCUCGGUCCGAAACGUCAAGCAUCGCUGCCAACGUCGCUGUUACAGCCAACGACGGGUUCAGAACGAUCUCAGACGGCUGCUCCCAAUCGAGCUGCAUUACUGAGCGAUAUUGCAAAGGGAGCUAAACUAAAAAAGACAAAGGUCAAUGAUAGAAGCGGCCCUAAAUUUUAGAUUUCGUCUAGAAAUGGUUGCAAGAAGUAAAAAAAGUUGAAGCAAAAAACUUACUGCUGAAACGAAAAUUGUAUGUGUUCGUGCGCACAUGCACCCGUCUGUUCUUGGGCGUGUCAAACGACAAAACUACAACGAGUUUAUAAUAGAUUCAAAAAUACAUGCGCCAACUAGGAUUACAAACAAGUAAAUAAGUAAUCCAUUGAAGCAUCUUUAAAAUAACUCAAAACAACGGACACUCAGACACAGACCAAAGGGAACACAAACACAAAAGGAACACAAGCAUGUGCCUUCGCAUGACUUAAAGUUUCUUCAUGAACGAUUCAACAAUAUAGAAAACUUUAUAAAGUUUUUAUAAAACUUUAUUAAAAAACACGUCAUUUAUGACGACAGAUGUCAGAAAAAUUUCGAAGAAAUUGUUGCAAGUUCUAUAUGAAAUUACAUUACUAUUGGAACGAAAGUAAUAAGUUUCGGCAAACAUUAUUUACUUUCGCAUACAAAUGAAUUUAACUUAAAGGAAAAACAAUUCAUUAAAAAGCGCAAAUGUAGAAAAAUAUUCUUGCAUUUUUGUAGAGAAUAUACACUAAUAAAACGUAUACACUCCUCAAAUGAAUGAUUCGUCAAAUAUGGCAAUAUAUGUUCGAUGAACACAUCUGAUAUUAAAAGGAAAAUAAGGCGACAGAAUCUAACAAUCUUUGAUUCUCAUGUCAAGGUUCUAAUAUCAUGAUUCUAAUAUCAUGAGCAACGUCGGUCAAGAUGUAAGAUCGGUUCGCGGUUUCAGUCUUGUUUCCACUUAUUCCAGGAAUGUUGCAGGGAAUUGCAUCGAUUUUUUUCGCUUUCCAAAUCUACUCCCACGAAUAUAUACAGUCUUUAUCAGAAGAUAUAUUCGUUCUAACACAUAAAAUGAGAUAAAAUCUCAUAAUAUAUAUAUAUAUAUAACUACAAAAUUUUCUAAAAUAUCUAGACAAAAUACUUUUCUAGAAUUAUUUUUACACCCACAUAAUAAAAAAUUAUUUGUAAACGGACAUUAAAUUGCAAUUACCUUUGUUUUACUUUUUCCUUUAUUACCAGGAUAU